AUGAUUAAGUUAUUUUCGCUUAAACAACAAAAAAAAGAUGAAGAAGGCUCGGCACGAGCUGGUGGUUCACAAAAAAAGGCAUCAGCAGCUCAGUUGCGAAUUACAAAGGAUUUAAAUGAAUUAAAUCUACCUAAGACAUGUAGUACAGAAUUUCCAGAUCCAGAUGAUUUGCUUAAUUUUAAGCUUAUAAUAUGUCCUGAUGAAGGUUUCUAUAGAGGAGGAAGAUUUGUAUUUAGUUUUAAGGUAGGUCCCAACUACCCACAUGAGCCACCCAAGGUCAAAUGUGAAACAGCAGUCUACCAUCCUAAUAUUGAUUUAGAAGGCAAUGUGUGCCUUAAUAUACUUAGAGAAGACUGGAAACCAGUUCUUACAGUAAAUUCUAUAGUGUAUGGACUACAGUAUUUAUUCCUGGAACCAAACCCAGAAGAUCCCCUAAAUAAAGAAGCAGCAGACGAACUCCAAAGCAACCGAAGACUGUUCGAACAACACGUACAACGAGCUAUGCGAGGCGGCUACGUCGGUUCCUCAUACUUUGAACGGUGCCUCAAGUGA